GCCAAACAAAUAUCUAGUCUAUAAUUGUUAAACAAUACACAUGCGGUAAAAAUAACAUUACAAUAUUUUCUAUACCAAAAUCAAAAAGUACUAUCAGAUUUAACUUAAUAAUAGGUGUAUGAUUAAUAACACAUGUGAAUUGAUUAUAUACCAGAUAUUACAAGGAAGUUUAUAAUAAAAAUCAUUUAUUUUUUGUUAUAAAUUUUUAUUUAUUUUUUCUUUUUUCGUAGAUUUCGAAAUUUUACAAUACAAAUGCGGCUCAUUAAAUUUAUAGGCAACUAAAAAUUAAACAUUACAAUUAUUGCUCGGAUAAAAUAUAUAUAUAUACAACUAUUUUUGUAUUCUUUUUGUUUUCUAAAUUUCUAUACCUAGGUACAUGGUAAUACUAAAGUAAUACCGUAUGAUCGAAAAAACGAAGUCAAGUUGGCUUGGAAAUGACGCGGUCGAUGACAUUCCUCAUAUAAUUUUACAUAUAGAGAGAGAAUGACAGCGAUAUUCAUUUCAUAGCCAACGGUGACGCUGUUUUUUUUUCGAUCAUAUUGUACCAUACGAUUACGAAAAGCUGCAUCAAGCUACCUUAGGAAUGACAAUUGAUGGCAUUUAAAAUGUAAAUUAUAUUAGUAAAUCUAACCAAUUAAUGAAUAUCAAUCUUCCUUAUCAUCGAUAGCCAUUUCCAAGGUACAAUUAACCUAACCUAACCUAGCUUUUAUCGAGCAGGUUAAAUUAUUAUAAACUAAUUUCUAGGUACUUACAUAUAAAGAAUAAUUCACUCUAAAUGGAUACACAAAAUAAAAAGUUUUUAAUAUAAAAUAAUACACUAUAAAAGGCCGGGCACACAACAUAAAACGUCUUUACUUUGGGAAUGAACACUACGACACUCACAGCCACAAAACACAUACCUCUCAGCUCUAGACAAAGUUAGGCACUGAUGGCUGGCGGGAAAAAUGACGAAAUAUUAUGAUGAGACGGGUGGCGGGAAGAAACUUUUCCUUCCCUCUUACUCCGCCCACGUAUUUUUAAAUCGACAGUGGCGCCCUCUGACAGCAGGAUUUGGCAAUUCUUGUUCCAAAUCCUGCCAUUUAAGUUUUUGCACCGUGUUUAUGAUAUAUUUUCAGUUUCUACUAGACACGUGCGCACACGUGCGGGACUAGUUGCCAAACAAUGGCCCGGAUGGACGAUAGGAAAAUCGAACAACUGAUAUUAUUAGUUAGGGAAUAUGAUGAAUUAUUUGAUAUGGGUAAUAAAAAUUACAGCAACAGUUGAGGAGGUAUGACAUAUGGAAUGAUAUUGGGAACAAAAUUGGAGAAAGUGCCGAGACUUGCAAAAAUAAAUGGAAAAGCUUACGGGAUGGCUUUCAAAGAGCAAACAAAAAUGUAACCAAGAGUGGUCAAGCUGCCAAAAAUACUAGAAAAUGGAGAUUUUGGGAAACGAUGUCAUUUCUUCAGCCAUAUAUAAAAGGCAGAGAACACCAUACAAACAUCGUCGAAGAGCAGGUCACAGAACAAACUGAUGUUGAAUCAAUCGAGUCCGACAACGAAGAGAGAGAAGAAGAAGUAGACGGUACUGAAUCUCUUGAUGCUCAAACUCAAAAUUUUGAUAGUAACCUUGUAAGUCUGACUUCUACUCGGUUUUCGCAAAACAAUUCGCCAUCCAUUUCAUCCCAAGCAUCACCGCGUCCACUCCUUCAAGAAAAUACCAACAGAUCAAAUUCUAAUACCACAUCUCAGAAGAAUAGAAAAACAUCAGAUACGGUACCGCAUUUAUUUAAAGAAUACAUUGACAACAAAAAACGCAAAGAUCUGGAAAAGGAAAAAAAACGGCGUGCAGAACCUACUCCUUUGAUGGAAUUUUUUAUUAACAUGGCAAGAACAACAGAAACAUUUCCGCCGCACUUGCAAGCCCAAGUUAAAAAUAAGGUCUUUCAAACAGUGAAUUCCAUUGAAUUGCAAACCUUAACAGAAAAGUCACAACAAAGAAGCCUAAGUUUUACAGUUGAUCCACCUAAUUUGGGUUCUCAUUAUGCAAAAAAUGUUUCGACUCCUCAUUAUGAAUUAUUUACAGCGCAGUCAACAUCUGUAAUGCCACGAUGUCCACCACAUAAUUUAUUGGACAUAUCUACAGCGCAGUCAACAUCUGUAAUGCCAUCUUUUCCACCAAAUAAUGCAUUGGAAGAACAACCAGUUCAAACUACACCUUAUUUUACUCGUUUAUAAAUGUUCUAA